CUUGGCGCCGAACAAACGUCAAUCCCGCCGUUGGAUAGUUGGCAGGUGGCACGCCCCUUUUCCUUUUCCUUUCCCCAAUUCCCGACUCGUCUCGUUCGUACAUGUGAGGCGUACGGUAUGCGCCAACGGGAGCGGAACACUGUUUGGUGGUCCGGCACAGUGGUCCCCAUACCAAAAGCGAGGGCUCGCGUCGGUCCCGACCCUCCUGCUCCGCUCCUCUGUAGUUCAUCGAUACGGGAGCGCUCUCUGCAGAGUGCCAGUGAAUGCCCAGCAGAGUGAAGGGUGUCGAGAUGUUUGGUGCACUCUGCGCACUCUUGGGUAACUCGACCCACUCCCGUGGUUGCACCAUCCAAGCCAUUCCAAGAUUUGGCCCCGUUCGCUUGCGGGACAGAGGAGAUGAGACCGCGCGGUGGUUGAGCUCAGCCCCAACGCCAAGUUGCCCCAAGCUGCCCACUUGGUUUUAGCUUCAGAGCUCCUCCCAUCUUCAGGGUCCUGCCCCACGUGCAGUCUAGCUCCAUGGAUUCACCUCCCAAGACUUUGCCUUUCCCUGUUUCCCUCGUCUCUCUUCGGCUCGUCACCCAUCUCCCCUUUAGCCGCUCCUGGUGUUUAAGGAGUUGCUCCGUUAUCUGGGAUUCCACAAAAAGUCUCUCGUUGCACCCUGCUUUCUCGGGUUACUUCCCACCCGUUCGCUCUUUUUUCUGCCGUUCCAGGUCUCUCUCUUUCUUAUUUACACUUCCGCCAGCCAGUCAUCGGCCAAACCUACUAGACAAGUCAACAAAUACCCCGACCCUUUUAACAUCCAACAUAAACCCAUCAUAUUACCUAGAAUACAGCACCCCGACAAUACCAUCAUGUCGCGCGACAACGUCCUCUGCCCACGGGCGGUUCAGGAUCUCAUCGCCGACGGCCACAUCAUUGUCAUCUACGACGAAUAUGUACUGAAGCUGGACUCGUGGCUGGAGAGGCAUCCCGGUGGCAGUCUGGCCAUUCUUCACAUGGUUGGAAAGGAUGCGACGGACGAGAUCAAUGCGUACCACAAACCCCCAACAUUAAAGACCAUGAAGGCUUUCCGUAUUGGUCGCAAGCCUCCCGGCAUCUGGACGAAUGCAACACCACCAAUUCGCGGCGGCGUCUACGUCAAGGAGCCCGAGGAGAAGCCAGUUGUGGAAUCCACCAUCCCCACCGACGUAUCCGAUGCCGAGGACUCUUCAGUUUUGGAGACGAGCUUUAGCGAUCUCUCCGAGUCGCGAAGCACGGGCACAGCUCCUACUUCAGAGGAUAGCUGCGGAGAGGACCUCGAGGAGACCACAAUCGAGCGCAUGGGCGAGACAGAUGGCCAGACAUUUAGAUUCCGGUCUGCCAAGAAGAUUUAUGUUGGAAAGAAGGACCCUCUGGCAUUUACUACCUGGGCCGAGAAGCAGGAUGAGGCCCGCGACAUCCUCGAGUAUCCCUCUGUCGACCCAGCUGUGCAGCAAGACAUUGUCAAGAAAUACCGCGAGCUCCAUGAAAAGGUCUACGAACUCAACCUCUACGACUGCCCCUACAUCGAGUAUGCCAAGGAGAUGUGCCGCUACACCACUCUGUUCGUCGCUUCCAUGACCGCUCUCUAUAAUCAGUGGUACUUGACAUCAGCUUUCUUCCUGGGCUUGUUCUGGCAUCAGAUCAUGUUCGUUGCGCACGAUGCCGGCCAUCGCGCCAUCACCGGAAACUUUGUUAUCGACAGUCUAAUUGGCAUGUUCGUCGCCGACUUUUGCUGCGGUCUUUCGAUUGGUUGGUGGAAGAGCAGUCACAACGUUCACCAUCUCAUCACCAACAUGCCCGAGCACGAUCCCGAUAUCCAGAACGUCCCUAUCUUCGCCACUUCGCCCUCUUUCUUCAGGAGCCUUCACUCGACCUACUACGACUUCACCUUCAUCUGGGACGCCGCUGCUAACUUCCUUGUACCCUUCCAAAAGUACACCUACUACCCUGUCAUGGGCAUCGCGCGCUUCAACCUCUACCUCCUCUCGUGGCUGCAUGUCCUUUCUUCCAAGGCCUCGUCCCUCGGAAGCAGCAAGGCGUGGUGGAUCCGCCCCGCUGAGAUCGCCAUGAUGUCUUGCUACUGGUACAUCUUUGGUUACCUCCUCCUCUGGUGCACCCUUCCCAGUUGGCCCGUCCGAAUCGGAUUCGUCCUUGUCUCGCACAUCGUCACCAUGCCCCUCCACGUCCAAAUCACCCUCUCCCACUGGGCCAUGUCCACCUCUGACCUCGGCGAAUCCGAAUCCUUCCCCCAGCGCCAGCUGCGCACCACCAUGGAUGUCGACUGCCCCGCCUGGCUCGACUUCAUCCACGGCGGUCUCCAGUUCCAGGCCGUCCACCACCUCUUUCCCCGUGUACCCAGACAUAACCUGCGCAAGGUCCAGACCCUGGUUAAGCAAUUCUGCGCCGAGACGAACAUCCCAUAUGUUCUUCUCAGCUUCGAGGAUGGUAACAAGAAGGUCCUGAACAGGUUGCAGGAGGUGGGCGACCAGGUUGAGCAUUUGAUCAACUGCCAGAAGUACAUGGCUGCUACCGGCGAGAGCGGUUUGCAUUGAUGGAUAUGACAUGAACGGCGUUUUUGUUUUUCUUUCGACACGAAAAGUUGGGAAUUUCUUUAAUGAUGGGUUUCAUGGCGAUGAAUAUUUUCUUAUUUGAGCUAGGCUUUCUUUAUUUCUGACGCUCAGAUUUGCAUGUUAGACUUGUUGGCGUGGGCGAGGGUAAAAAAUGGGGAAAAGAGGGCUUCCCAGGCCACCACGAAAGAAAACUUAUAUAUAUAUAUAUUUGUAGUAAUACGUUUUGUACAUAUGAUGGGCAUUUUUGGGAAGGGACCAAAUUAGACAUUGACUGUCCGGGAUAACCAGUAAUGCUGUAUUGUUCCUCAUUGCUGGGUGAUUAUUUUUGCUAUGUAGCUGGUAUACACAAGUAACCAAGAACACUAGCCUCAAAAGGC